GUCCGGUGAAUAUUAGUGGCCCUUAAAACACUGCGAAAACCCAGGCAGCAGGAACCGUCCCUCUUUCAGGCUAUCGGUUUCUUUAAAAAAUGGACCGUCUGCAGGCCCGUCCACAGCCUGACAACAAGCGCCAACGUCUGCGAACCGGACACCGCGAGGCACUCUGAGUGACCGGGGGCUCGUGCCGAGCUAACGUUACGCAGCUGUCUGAAACCAAAGCUAAUCGGCUACCUGACGUUAGCUAUAGCGCCUGGCUUUGCCAUAUGAUAUUGUCGCACAUUGCACUGGGGCGCUCUUCUAUUGACAGCGACUGUAUCAGCGAAAACAAGACUGCGGCGUUGUCAUGGACAAAGACGAAGCGGACCGGCUGAUAGAGAAGGCGAAGCUGUGUUUGCGGUCCGGACGGAAAGAUCGGGCGCUGCAGUUGCUGUACGAAGCCCAGAAUAUUUACCCCAGCACCCGGGCCAGAGUGCUGAUAGAUGCCAUAGUAAGGAAUGGAGGUACCACUACUCCAGAGGCAGAUCACGUGCCCCCGCCGACAGGCUGGAGAGACGAAGACAUUGGAAACCAUGAAACGAGUAACGCGGGUGGCGAUGAAAAGAAGAGCUACACCGAGGAUCAGCGGCAGGGUGUUCAAAGGAUAAAGAAUUGCAAGGACUUUUAUGAAAUCCUUGGUGUUACGAAGAAUGCAAGUGAUGAAGAUUUGAAGAAGGCAUACAGGAAGUUGGCCCUCAAGUUUCACCCUGACAAGAACUUUGCUCCAGGAGCCACAGAUGCUUUCAAAGCAAUAGGCAAUGCAUAUGCAGUGCUGAGCAAUCCAGAGAAGAGGCAGCAGUAUGAUCAAUAUGGAGAUCAAUCUGCACCUUCAGCAGCAACCCACCACUCCAGCCACAGUCGCCAUGCACACUACCGAAACUUCCACAGAGACUUUGAGGCGGACAUUUCCCCUGAGGAACUCUUCAACAUUUUCUUCGGAGGAAGGUUUCCCACAGGAAAUAUUCACGUGUACACCAACCAGGGAGCCUCCUACUCUCAGUUCUAUCAGCCUCGUCGUCGACGUGCUUAUGAGAGGCGCGAGGAGGUGGUAGAGGAAAACCAGAGUCAGAACACCUUCACAGCGUUCCUGCAGCUUCUCCCGGUGCUAGUGCUAAUCCUCAUAUCAGUGUUUACACAGAUGAUGGCCACUAACCCGCCCUACAGUCUCUUCUAUAAGCCGGCCAUGGGGUUGGUGGUGUCCAGGGAAACGCAGCACAUGGGUGUCCAGUACUACGUGGAUAAAAGUUUCGAGAAGGAAUACCGUGGAGCGGCGCUGGACGAGCUAGAGAAAACCAUUGAGAGCGACUAUAUAGAGCACCUGCAGAACAGCUGCUGGAAAGAGAAACAGCAAAAAUCAGACUUGGCAAACCUCGGACAACUGUACCGAGAUGAACGGUUAAAGCAGAAGGCGGAGUCGAUGAGGCUGGACAACUGCGAGAAGCUGCAUCGAUUGGUCGGGCGUCAGAGAGGCAAAUGAGGACUGUUUGUGAGGAGAACACAGUUUUGUUACAGACUGAGAUGCAUUGUCAGUGUGUAAUUUUAUCUAAUCUGGCCACUUUGUAAAGAAAUCUCUUUUAGGUACGGCGCAGUCAGUGGGAGGUCAUGCCACUAGAAACAAUGUGCCUUCUCUCCUCUUCGAUGGCAGAAAAUAAGAGUUGCGUGUUUGCUGACUGUGGCUGUUGUGGCAGCAGCAUCGAGUGCAAACUCACUGUGGCAGUAUGUGUACGAUGUCUCUGAGCCUUUAAACUUUCUUAUAGAAAUGGCAUGACAUACGGGGGUCUCCCUUUGGGGUUAUGAAGUCAGUUGUAUGUUCACACAUACAUGUUUAGGUUUUUGUAGUUUACCUGUAUUUAUUUUCCUGAAUGUUUUUGUGUCCUUGCUCAAAUUUUAGGUGUUAUUUAUUUAAUAGUGAAUAGAGUGAAUGUUAUAUGAGCAACUUGGCUCGUUUUUAUUAUUUUAUUUCUGUAGGAAGUAAUGAAGUACAUUGACUUAAAUAAUAAUGUCGUCUUUGGACAAAUCUGAGAUCUUCUGUAUGAAAAUGACAGAGUAUUUAAUAAUGAAAUUACUGACAAAUCAGAUAUUAGAAAAGACUUAUGAAUCUAUACUGUGGUUAAUCAGGCUCUUUGACCUCUGGCACUGUAGCAACAAGAGGCAUGGUGGCGUCUAAUUUUAGAAAACAUCACAUUUUUCUGAUUAUUAUUAAAAACAAAAAAAACUGUUGUACUUGCCAAAACACAAGCUGUCUCCUACAGUAGAGCUUCUGCUCCAGGCACUGCUGCUUGCAUUAUGUUUGCUGCGUCAGUCAUUAAAGCUUCCGCUGUUCAGGAACCCAGUGUUUUAGCUGCAGGCAUAAACAUAGGCACAACACCUAUGUUUGAGGUUAAGUGUGAUGAAUGACUGCUAAAAGAGUUUUCAAGAAGUAGAUUUGAUGUCAGGUGCAGGGAGUCCACUUCAACCAAAAAGUCCGUCACAGUCCUGCACAUAGUUCUGUAUCCCCUAUUUUUUGCCUGGGCUUAAACAGCAUGCAAUAGCUUAGACUCUCCUAAACCAUGCACAGACUUAAAUCGGUUUCAUUAAAACAUUUUUCAGCCCAUAUUUUAAGACUUUUAUAAAUCAGUCGAUAAUUUAAUUUGAAGUGUUUUAUAAAGAAGUUCAUUUUGAUUUGAAAAUCUCAUCUUGAACAAAGACUGAAAUUGCCGGAUAUAGUUGUUGAUUUCCACAGACAUAUAAAAGAAUUCUGAAAACAGAGUUGUGACUUUUCCCUUUAGUUCGUCUUGAGUAGGACACUAACAUUGUGGAGUUGUUAAAUAUACUUCCCUAAACCGACCAGAGAUCAUUCAAACCCUAUACAGACAUCCAUAUUUGUUGCUGUGCACUAAGACUGCCAAACUGCCUUAGCUGUUCUCAUAACUGGUGAAAUAUUCAGGUUCAUCUCAAGCACUUUUGAGUUCAUAUUUAAUCUUGUGUUCCAUAUUGUUAACGUUGCAUGCACCCUAGUGACAGUGUUUUAUUAGUUGCAUAUUUAAUUUUUGUGCGGACACGUCUACACCACUACUGACACACUAAAUUAUUAGAAUAUUCAGGUUCCACGCUGUAACUCACAAACAUGUCAGAUCUUUACUGCGAUACACAAAAAAUCAGGGUUUUUUGGGGGGUAUCCGUCAGUGUUGUAGUACACUUGAGAGACAUGUUUUCAGCCAAAAAUACAAGACAAUUAAAGAUGUAAGCAGAG